AAGCUGGAUGGAGGCCCAAGAUGGCGGCGCGCUGGGAGCGUAACAUCUGCGUUUCUAGGAUCUUCGUGCUGCGCGUGGCUUAAGAGUCUGGGUUUGUAGAGGCCCACACCAAACUAGUCGUCUGGCAGGAGCUUUGACAUCAGAGGUUUGCUCUGCCUUUUGAUGUUGAGUAAUGCUGCUGUGAACAUUGCAAGUAUCUGUUUGAAUCUCUGCUUUCAGUUCUUUUGAAUCCGUACCUAGGAGUGGAAUUGCAGGAUUACAUGAUGGCUCUGAGUAAAUCAAUGCAUGCAAGAAAUAGAUACAAGGACAAACCUCCUGACUUUGCAUAUCUGGCAUCCAAAUAUCCAGAUUUUAAGCAGCAUGUUCAGAUAAAUCUGAAUGGAAGAGUGAGUCUGAAUUUUAAAGACCCUGAAGCAGUCAGAGCUCUGACUUGUACUCUCCUAAGGGAAGAUUUUGGACUUUCCAUUGAUAUUCCAUUGGAGAGACUAAUUCCCACAGUUCCCUUGAGACUCAACUAUAUUCAUUGGGUAGAAGAUCUGAUUGGUCAUCACGACUCUGACAAAAGUACUCUCCGAAGAGGAAUUGACAUAGGUACUGGGGCAUCCUGCAUCUAUCCUUUACUCGGAACAACCUUAAACGGCUGGUAUUUCCUUGCAACAGAAGUAGAUGACAUGUGCUUCAACUAUGCAAAGAAGAAUGUGGAACAGAAUAACUUAUCUGAUCUUAUAAAAGUGGUAAAGGUACCACAGAAGACACUCCUGAUGGAUGCACUUAAAGAAGAAUCUGAGAUAAUCUAUGACUUCUGCAUGUGCAACCCUCCCUUUUUUGCCAAUCAGUUGGAAGCCAAGGGAGUAAACUCUCGAAAUCCGCGACGACCCCCACCUAGUUCUGUAAAUACAGGAGGUAUCACCGAGAUCAUGGCAGAAGGAGGUGAAUUGGAGUUUGUUAAAAGGAUCAUCCACGACAGUUUACAACUUAAAAAAAGAUUAAGAUGGUAUAGCUGUAUGCUGGGAAAGAAAUGCAGCUUGGCUCCUCUGAAGGAAGAACUUCGCAUACAAGGGGUUCCUAAAGUUACCUACACUGAAUUCUGUCAAGGUCGGACAAUGAGGUGGGCUUUGGCUUGGAGUUUUUAUGAUGAUGUAACAGUACCAUCACCACCAAGUAAACGCAGAAAAUUGGAGAAGCCAAGGAAGCCCAUUACAUUUGUAGUAUUAGAGUCUGUGAUGAAAGAAUUAUCCCUCAAAGCAUCAUCUCUGGGCUCGGAGACAACAGAAGGCAUAGUAGUUGUGACAACAUGGAUUGAAAAAAUUCUCACCGAUCUGAAGGUCCAGCAUAAACGAGUUCCCUGUGGAAAGGAGGAAGUUAGCCUUUUCCUGACAGCCAUAGAAAACUCCUGGAUUCAUUUAAGGAGGAAGAAAAGAGACCGAAUAAGACAGUUGAGAGAAGUUCCCCGAGCUCCCAAGAACGUCAUCCAAGCCUUGGAAGAGAAAAAGUCCCCCCCUAAAGAGCCCGGCAGUGACCAAGAUUUGGUCCAGGGCCCCCAGGAGAGUGCCCUGUGUGAGCCUGCUCUGCAGGAAGGCGAGUCUCCCACUGUGGAGGGCCAUGGCCCAAACCAGGACUUGCUUUCCCAGGAGGAAAACCCAGAACCCGUGGAGGACGAAAGGAGUGAGGAAAAGGGAGAAGUGGAGGUUUUGGAGAGUUGUAAAGUCUCCAGCAAUGGAGCCCCGGACCAAGAGGCUUCUGAGCAGUUCAGCAACCCGGUGUCUGAAAAAGGGAACCAUCUCCAAGGAGUGGCUGGACGUUACCUGUUCAAGUGUUUGAUAAACAUUAAGAAAGAGGUAGAUGAUGCCUUAGUUGAAAUGCAUUGGGUUGAGGGCCAGAACAGGGAUUUGAUGAACCAGCUUUGUACCUAUAUACGUAACCAAAUUUUCAGGCUAGUUGGUAGUUAACUCUAAACUUCUUAAACAGUUUGGAAAGUUCUAUAAAAGCUGCUUGCUUUGGAGUGUGGCCUUGGGUGGGGGGGGGGGGAGGGACAAGAGGAAUUCCACCAUUGGCCCACUGGAAGUGUUAUGUGGAAUUAUCUUUAAAAACAGGAACAAAUUAGAAUUUUCUUGUGGUGCAGUGCGUUAAGGAUCCGGCGUUGUCACUGCAGCAGCUUGAGUUGCUUCUGUGGUGUGGGUUUGAUCCCUGGCCUGGGAACUUCCAUAUGCCUUGGGCACUGCCCUCCCCCCAAUAAUAAUAAUUAAAAACAAAGAAACAAAUUAAUCCAUAUUUAAACAUCCCCUGCUUUUUUGUUUGUUUGUUUUAAGUUACAGGGCAUUUUAAUAUGGUGUUCUAAGGAAGAAUUGUGGCUUCCAGCAUCAACAGAAAGCCAUCAGUAAACUCAUAAGAGAUUUAAACUUGACUAAAGCUGAUCACCUUAGCUUUAGACUGGUUUUCUGAGGCCAACAGGAUUAUUUUUGAAGUCUGAGCCAAGUCAGCUGUGUAGACCAUUGCGCCCUCUCUGUCACCAUGGUUGCUUCUUGAGGAGGGGUGGCUUUCUCAGCCAUCCCCUGAUGGAGACGGUCCUGGGCAGAUAGCCCUGCAACCUCUUCUAAAGUCACCUUCAAGACAGAAGACUUUGAUGACCCCUGUGUCAGUCCUGAGAAAGGAACUGGCCUAAUGGUAGGUGGUAGGAGAGUGAGGGAGAGAAAGCUCAGUAAUGCCAGGAAGAAGGGCCCGUCAGGGUAGUGCCUAAAAUAUCGGCACAUUCCUGACUCCUGUCUUUUGCUGUUGCUUAUUUCAGAAAACAUAAUUAGGUUGGCGGAACUGCCAGAUGUGACUGAGAUACAGCAGAAUGAAGCCAUACCCCCUACCUCCAACCUGUUUAAAGUACUGUUUUGUGGCAGUUUCACUGGCGUGUGAUUUUUCUUAAUUUGUUUCAUCAUUUGAAGUGGAACUAACGUAAGAGCAUUCCAAUUUGAAAACUGUCAGUCCUGUUUGAAACCUGGGGCUGGGGGAAGAAGGUAUUUUCUUGGCUUUGAAUAGGUGAGUGAUUGAUGAUAGACACAAGUAGAAAUGGAGUGUGAUAGGUCUAUGCUGUAAGUUACUUAAGAAAGUCUUGUCUGUUGGCAGGUAAGGUGUGGCUGAUCAAAGGCAGUUUUGGGGUUCUGCCUAAUCCCCUCUGUGUUUACCUAUUACCAUUGGAGAAUUCUGAGGCCGAGGUAACUGUGUUCAUAAAACAUGUUUCUAAUUGCAGUGUCAGGGCUGAUCGAGGAAGGCUUCUGGAAAAGGAAUCUUUUUCCAUUCUCUUGGUGUCCCAGUUACCUUCUGCUGUGCUUGACUUGCAUGGUUUGAUUUUAUACCAGCAGUCUACGGUUCUAGUUAGCCUGGAAUUUUUGAGUAACGUGCCAGAGCUUUUUGCUAUCUUCAAAAGAAGACUGUGCCCAGUAGUUCAGCCACGCUUUUGAAAGGUGGCUGUUGGUCGGGGCAGAAAACUGAUGACCUCGGCAUACUUCGGCAGCAGCUAGACCAGUCCCUCAGCAAAGAUACAUGAAAUGAAAAUAGAACGAUAUUACACUUUCCUGUGGCAGCAGAGGCAGAGCUGCAGAGACAGAGCUGCAGAAGGGACCAUAUUGGUCAAUCAGUGUUCUUAACAUGGUCCAUGGGCCCCGGAGAAUCCAUAGCCUCCUGGAUUAUUUCCAAAAGCUCUGCGGACAUGUUUGUUUGUUUGUUUGUUUUCUGGAGAGAAGGGUCCCCAGCUGAGAGAGAAGGGUUAGUUGCCCACUGAAGAUUAGGAACCACUGUGCUAGUCCAUCCUCUUCCUUUGAUAGAAUAAGGAAACCAACACCCAGGAUCCCACAGAGCUCAGAUUCAGUGCAAGGCCUUGGAUUCCUGUGGCCCCGUCAUCUCCUGUGCCACCCGCACUCUCCUGCUCCACUUAGCCCUCCUGACAUUGAAAUUAGAUGCUGGACCCAGGAUAAUUGCGUUAGGUGACAACUGUUUACUCAAUAAGUGGUCACUAAGUAUUUAUUGUUUGCUCAUUUGUUUAAUUAUAAGAGGAUAGUGCAUGCUCGUUAAAGAUUUAGAAAGAUGAAAGAACAGCUUCAACAUCACCCCCAAUCUCAGCCUUCUGAAGCAUAACCUCUAUUGGUAUUUCAGUGUUUCCUUCUAGUCUUUAAUCUCUAUAUAGAUGGGGUGUGUGAGUGUAUGGGUUCAGCUUUGAUUAUUUUCAUGCUCUGUGUAUUCAUUUUUACAUUGUGCUUUUUCUCAUUUGAUGUCUUGUUGUUACAGGGGUAUGUGUUUACACUCCUUGACUGUUCAAAAGGUGUUUCAGGCACAGUAUUAGCCUUGUGUAAGUCUAGCACUUAUUCCCAGAGAAUCCUCUGUGGACCUGGAGGCACUAAAGAUGCGUCUUGUGUCUACAUGUGUUCACUGCCCCAGGUUAAAGUCUUGGUGUCGUGGAGGACGUUUUAUAGGUGUUAAUAAGUUAAUGCUCUUAGAAUUGAAGAAGUGUGUGACAACAGAAGCUUCUGCUGCUAGAGCUGUGAGUGCCUUUUUUGCAUUUGUUGUCAUUUCCCUUUAUUUCUGUCUAAUGAGAGAACAUUGAAACAUUUUCAAAAGACAUCUAAAAGUUCUUUCGGUUAUGCAUAUACUUUAUGAUCGUGUGAUAUGUGGUGGUCUACACCUCUGAUAUGGGGGGAAAUAAUUUUUUAAAGAAAAGAACUAGGUUAUUGACCCAUGUAUCAUAAUGUUGAGUGACACCUGCCUUAAGUGUCUGGAGGUCAAGUUGAUGUUGAUGGAUUGGAAUGGAAUCCAGUCUUUGUGAUAAUACCUUAACUUCUGUUCUGGUCCCUGGCAUUGGCUUCUGGUUUCUUGAUAAUCAGAAGAUUAUAAAGUGGGAACAGAAGCUGAACUUGUUUUCUAAAAAGGGGACUAAAGCUGCUUUUGUUCUUGGGAACCUGCUUUGCUUCCAGCAGUUUGGUACCUUCACCCCACGUCUUUGCCCAGCUAUUCACACACCAGAGUGUGGCUGCUUGCCCUAGCAGGGCUUGGUGGAGUUUCAGCUAAUCUUAAGGGUGCAUGUGGAUUACUUAAAGCUUUAGUAUAUAUGUUUAAAAACAUGAAAUCUCUCUUCUCUUGAUAGAUGUCAAAGCUUACCAUGUGAGCACACCAGCUUCUGAGCUCUGACAAGUAAUAACAGCAUGAUGUGGAAAAAGAUGCAAAGCCCCGUGGAAAAUUAGAGGCCUCAUAUUAUCGGAGUAGCCCCUCAUUUUUACUUAAACAGAGAUAUUUUCCUCUUUAGCCACACGGGGGCGUCUUUGGUCCUUUCUCUUCUCUAUGGGCAUGGAUAAAAUUUCAUCCUUGGUAUUUUCUUCAAAAACCCAGUUGCUACUCAGAUAAAUAUUUUUAUGUAAGCAAGUCCAUUUCCAUGUAAAAAACUGAAAGAUAAAAGAAAGAAGGAAAAUCCCACCACACUGUCGUCUGGGCAGUUUUUCAACCUUUUUAUGUUUCUUUAUGAUCCCAAAUAAU